AUGAUUAUGGAAGCUCCCAACUACCUUGAUUUCAAAGACAGACUAGCCCAGGUGUGGUGUAAUCGCUACUCCGUCAUCUUAGUGGUGGUACUAAUCAAGGUGUACCUAUUUAAACAAACACUUUCCGAGGCUCUCAAGACCCUUUCCCAAUACCUGACGGAAGCCGUUGAUGAGUAUAACAGUGCCAGCAAGAAAAUGCAAGCGGUUCCUGAACAAUACGCUGCUAUCGUCAAUAGUUUUGUUAUGAGCAGUAUUAACAGCAUUAAGUCCCUGUCGUUAUAUCUUAUUCUUUUGUUCUUGAAAGGCCUUACAGAGGUGCUCAAGUUUGUGGUGACGUUGUUUUUGGGGACUUUAAUCUGCUUGAUUUCCGAGUUGGUACAAGGGUUUGCUGAUUUUGCAGCCAACGUAGCGGAGGAGGUACUCUCCAUGAUUAACAGCAUUGUGAAGGCAUCCACCACCAUAAUUCAGUCAGCAAUCAACGGCCUCAGUGAGCUAGUUGAAGAUGUGUCGCUGGGUUUGAAUCUGGUGUCUAAUUUCUUCACUGGUUCCAAUGCUGUUAAUGCGACAGACUUUAUCACCAAAAUGGACGCGGCUGUGAGUUCACUCAACAACAUCACCAUUCCACUGACGGUGUUUGACGACAUCAACAAGUUAAAAACCAUGGUCCCCGACUUUGACGACCUUGAAGAUGAGGCGUUGGACUCGUUGACUGAACCUCUCACCAAUUUGGUAGACAGGCUAAAUGUUUCGGUACUGUUUCUGUUAAUUUCAUCCCACAACCUCAAUCAGACUAUUGGUUCUCAGGAGUCCGCCACGAUCAACUCACGGGUGGUGGCAGAGUUUGUGGACGAAUUGGAGUCUGUUCUUGAUCAUAGCUUUAGCGUUGUUCUCAUUGUAUUGGUGAUUGCGAGUGUAGGGGUUAUGGUACCACUCGCGUACAAAGAAUACUCCAACUGGAAGAAGAAGUACAAAAUGUAUUUGGCCAUCAACGACAUUGGUUUGAGGUAUCGUGAGACUCCACUUGAAGCUGACGAGUUUCGUUUCCUCAACAUCUUCAACAUCUACACCAAUAACGUGCUCUACCUGCUAGAGAAGUUGGGAGUUCGUAUGAACACCAAAGGCAUUUGGCUCGUGAGCUAUUGUACGUCUUCAUACUCCAUCUUCUUGGUUGGGUUGGCCGUUGCAGGCUUGUUCACCAUUUUGUUGGAGUAUGUGCUAUUUCGUCAAUUCUCGUCGCACUUGGGGAGGUUCCCAUCAGAAACCAUUUUGAACCAAGCCAGCACCUCAAUGCUGACGAAUAUCGAGCUAUUCGUCAAUAACACCAACUACUUCAUUCAGUUACAGGAGGCUGAAUUGAAUGAUGAGCUUUUUGGGUCGUUUAAAAACACUUCUGCCCUAAUCAUGGCCUCAAUCGACACAUUUGUGCAGGGUCUCAACAGCUCAUUGAUUGAGCCGUUUCAAGACACCCCCCUAAGUGGGCCCAUGUCCUCAGUUGUAUAUUGUUUUAUCACAAGGAAAUUGGAGACCAUAAGGGAAGGGUUUGAGUGGGUGCAAAAUAACCUCUAUAUUAGUGUUCCCAGUUUGCCCGAUGACAUUUCGAGUGAUUUGACUAAACUAGUGAACUCCCUGAAGCCGUCUGUGAGUGCUGAUUUCAACAGGUACAGUUCUCAGACCAUAGCGUUGUUUCAAAGCACGUUGUUUGUGGAGUUGAUGUUCAUGGUGGGGGUGCUCGCGGUGUGGGUGGUGCAGUUGGUAGCGGGAAUCGGGUUGCUUGUUUUGCGGAAGAGAAACGUGAGGAUAGGAGACCCGAAGCCGUUGACGGCCAAGCAGAAAUUGAGUUACGGGCUCCCAUUCAACGAGUUGAGGUGA